AUGUCGACUGACAUCAACGGAGUGGAGUACUGGGUGCUACCGGACUUUACCUUCGCAGCAGGAACUCGCAAAGCAAUCAAGAUUGCAUAUCGCUCCUUCAAUCCGCUGUCGACAAAUGGAGCAGUCUUGAUACCAACCUGUUUUGGCGGACGCAUCAACAAGACGUUGAAUUUCACUUCCGGCGCUCUGAAAGACUAUCACGUUAUCGUCGUUGCUAUGCUUGGCAAUGGAGAGAGCUCUAGCCCAUCGAAUGAUGCCGACUUUCCCUCUGAUUACUCACUGCGAUAUCAGGACUGCAUAAAUGCUCAGUACGCUCUCGUCACCCAACAUCUUGGUAUCAAGAGCCUCGAAGCAGUAAUAGGAUUCUCAAUGGGGGGUCAGCAGGUAUACUACUGGGCCACGAUGCAUGGAUGUGGGGAGGAUCCUUUCGUUAAGCGUGCAGUGGUCAUAUGCGGCAGCGCGAAAACAUCCGGWCUAAACUAUGCAUUUCUUGAGGGACCAACCUCCGCACUCAUUGCAAGUCACGACUACCAUCAAGGCCGUUACCGAGAGAAAGGUGUUAAGCCCACUCAGGGGCUACGGGCGUUUGGUAGGGCUUAUGCCGCGUGGGUGCCAAGCGCCGAGUGGUUCAGACAAGAAUUGUGGCGAGGGUCAGGCGCGAAAAGUCUGAAGGAGUGGCUACAUCCGCCAGUCUCCUCGUAUGAGAGUUGGGAUCCGGAAGAUCUCAUUGUGCUUGCGAGAAUGUGGCAAGCAGGUGAUGUGGGUGAUGUAGCAGGCGACGGUGAUUACAAGGCUGCGUUAGGUCUCAUCACCGCGAAAGUGCUCGUAAUCCCUGGCAUGACGGACCAGUACUUCCUGGCCACGGAUGGAGAGUCCGAGGUUGAAUAUCUUAAACACGGCGUGUUUGAUCCUAUCCCAUCCAUCUGGGGACAUAUGGCUGGAGGCGGAUCUAACCCGACCGAUGUGCAGUGGAUGGACGAGAGGAUUUCGCGCUUCAUGAGCGGGUGA